CGACCCGGAAGUCGCUGUGGCUGCCGCACAGGCUGCGCUCGCCUGUCGGUUGGGAACCCUGUGUCGCAGCGAGUCCUUGGGCCAGCCGUGUCCUUCCCUCGGUCGCCACUGGCCCAUGAGUCCCCAUGGCGACAGCAGGGGCCAGGCCCGGGGGCGGGCAGUCCGAGUGGGGACGCGGCGCUCCGGGGGCAUCCGCGGCGGCAUCGCGGUGUUCGCCGCAGUGGCCGCAGUGUUCACCCUUACGCUGCCCCCCUCGGUGCCGGGGGGAGACUCGGGGGAACUGAUCACAGCUGCACAUGAGCUUGGAGUUGCCCAUCCUCCUGGCUAUCCUUUGUUCACGCUGGUGGCUAAACUGGCAAUUACACUGUUUCCUUUUGGUUCAAUUGCCUACCGCGUCAAUCUUCUCUGUGGCUUAUUUGGAGCAGUAGCUGCAUCGUUACUUUUUUUCACCGUUUUCAGGCUUUCUGGCUCAUCUGCUGGAGGAAUCCUUGCUGCGGGGGUGUUUUCAUUUUCUCGUCUAACAUGGCAGUGGUCCAUUGCAGCAGAGGUUUUUAGCUUAAACAAUCUGUUUGUGGGGCUGCUUAUGGCUCUUACUGUACAUUUUGAGGAAGCAGCAACUGCUAAGGAGAGAUCAAAGAUAGCUAAAAUUGGUGCUUUCUGCUGUGGCCUUAGCUUAUGUAACCAGCACACAAUAAUACUCUAUGUUUUGUGCAUAAUACCUUGGAUUCUCUUUCAACUUUUAAAAAAGAAGGAACUCUCCCUGGGCUCUUUGUUGAAGUUGAGCCUGUACUUCUCUGCUGGUUUGCUGCCCUACAUCCACCUUCCCAUCUCAUCUUACCUUAAUCACGCCCGGUGGACCUGGGGAGACCAGACAACACUGCAAGGAUUUUUGACACAUUUUCUCAGGGAAGAAUAUGGAACCUUUAGCCUGGCCAAAUCUGAAAUAGGAUCCAGUAUGUCUGAAAUAUUGCUUUCUCAAGUAACAAAUAUGAGGACCGAACUCUCAUUCAACAUCCAAGCCCUUGCAGUUUGUGCAAAUAUAUGUUUAGCAAGAAAGGACCGACAGAAUCCAUCAUUAGUAUGGCUUUUUACUGGGAUGUUUUGCAUUUAUUCAUUGUUCUUUGCUUGGAGAGCAAAUUUAGAUAUUUCAAAACCACUUUUCAUGGGUGUGGUGGAACGAUUCUGGAUGCAGAGCAAUGCAGUAGUGGCCGUCCUCGCUGGCAUUGGUUUGACUGCAGUUGUGUCUGAGACUAACAGAGUACUGAAUAGCAAUGGGCUUCAGUGUCUGGAAUGGCUUUCUGCAACUCUUUUUGUAGUUUACCAAAUAUAUUCUAAUUACAGCAUUUGUGACCAAAGGACCAACUAUGUGAUUGAUAAAUUCGCAAAGAACCUUCUCACCUCUAUGCCUCAUGAUGCAAUGAUCUUACUGAGAGGAGAUUUGCCAGGAAAUUCUCUCCGUUACAUGCAUUACUGUGAGGGGUUGAGGCCUGACAUUUCAUUAGUGGAUCAGGAAAUGAUGACUUAUGAGUGGUAUUUACCCAAGAUGGCAAAGCACUUGCCAGGUGUCAACUUUCCUGGGAACCGGUGGAAUCCUGUGGAAGGAAUAUUACCUAGUGGAAUGGUCACGUUUAAUCUUUAUCAUUUUCUUGAAGUAAAUAAACAAAAAGAAACAUUUGUUUGCAUAGGAAUUCAUGAAGGCGACCCAACCUGGAAAAAGAACUAUUCACUUUGGCCAUGGGGGUCUUGUGACAAAUUAGUUCCUUUGGAGAUUGUAUUCAACCCUGAGGAAUGGAUUAAACUUACAAAAAAUAUCUAUAACUGGACUGAAGAAUACGGAAGGUUUGAUCCAUCUUCUUGGGAAUCUGUGGCCAAUGAAGAAAUGUGGCAAGCAAGGAUGAAAACACCAUUCUUCAUCUUUAACCUGGCAGAAACUGCUCACAUGCCUUCAAAAGUGAAAGCUCAACUCUACGCUCAUGCAUAUGACCUUUAUAAGGAGAUUGUCUAUUUACAAAAGGAGCACCCAGUGAAUUGGCACAAGAACUAUGCCAUUGCCUGUGAGCGGAUGCUGCGUCUUCAGGCAAGAGAUGCAGACCCUGAAGUGCUGUUAUCUGAAACCAUCAGACAUUUCCGUCUGUACUCUCAGAAAGCACGGAAUGAUCCACAGCAAGCUGAUAUUUUAGGUGCUCUAAAGCACCUAAGAAAAGAACUGCAAAGUCUGAGAAACAGGAAAAAUGUCUGACACAGCAAAAUAUGAAAAACCUGCUCAUCAUUCAGCUUCCAAAAUUCUGAAGUCCGGAAGUUUUUCCUUCAAGAAAAGAAACUGCAUAAAAAAUUUAAAACUAAGUCAUCUCCCAGAUAUAAGCAACAUGGUGCAGCCGUACUGUUUAUUGGGGUGUUCAGUGACUAAGAUCUACUAUUUAUGCAAAAUUCUGUUUAUCCCGUGUUACCAAAUUACCAUUUCAGUGAGAAGCUUUUGAAAAGUCUUCUGACUUCCAGUCUUUUACCAGAUGACUGCGCUGGAUUAGAUUCUAGAAGAGAAUGAACCAUUUUCAUAUAACUAAAUAUUGACCAUGAACUGUUUAAGGGCCAUGCUUAUUGGGAUCAGUUUUAAAGUUAAAUUCUUUUGAUAUUAAUACCAGACCAAAGACAUUUUCUGUUUCCUGAACAAAAAGAAUGAAUCAUGUUAGGCUUUAGGUGGGAGUACAUUUUUUACAAAGUAGCUAUAGUUGUUACAUAGCCUUACACUUCAAGCUAAGCACCAAGUGGGUGAUAUUUUGAAAAAAGUUUGUGUUUUACUGUCUUAGAUCGUUCUCAGAAAUCACUGAAAAAAAAAAAGCUAAUUUGAUGUUUGCUUAUUUCAUUUGCAGAAACUGGUAAAAGGAUUUUGCAUUUUCUUAAUUAAUUUUAUAUUUAUGUUUUAUUUCUAUUUGGACUCAGAGAUCUAGGCCCAAUAAUUAGCAGGCUCUUGCUGCCAAAAUGCAAAGGGGAAAAAAAAGGCAGGGAUUGGGGGGGGAUGGGGGAAGUGGCUCAAUAAAUUCAUUUCUGUUACAAGCAUCUUUUAUACAUAUUACUAAAGAGAACAUAGUAAGAAAUGCAAAUAAUAGUUCUUUAUUUUAUUAUGACAGUUAAUUAAUAGCAACCUGUUUUAAUGAAUAAAGUCACUCAGAGUCCUUCAGCACUUCCUAAGUAGAGGCCAGAAUCUGUAGGGCUUCUUUUCCCCCCAAUUGUAUAGCUCCUAGACUCCAAGCACUAUAUAGGCCCCUGUAUAGAAAUGCUCACUAAUGAAGAGGGAGGGCUAGAAGCUUGUCUGCAUUCAAAGAUCACUGGUGAGUCAUUCAGCAAGAAAAGGCCCCUUACCAGGAAUAGUCACAGUUCCGUGGCAUUGUACUAGCAAAAGGGUCUGAUCAAAGGUCUCCUGUGGAGCUUGCAUGGUUCCCUUUCAUACUACGACCAUAAUUAAAACCACUAAUUCUCUUUUAAAAUGCUGCAGGAUGCCAUGUAGGCAUCUGUCUGGAGUGUCCUUUGUGAUGUCAUAAGCUGUUAAGGACCAGUGCCGAGGGCUUUUGAGUGAAAUGCCAGUCAUGAAGGUGCUUCAAGACAAGGGUGCCUCUAAAAGCUUGACAGGGCCUUGACUGCACAAUUCGAGCUGAAUUUGCCCCUUGUCAGCUGCCAGUAAAUAAAUCUCAAAGGGGGAAAAGCUGAAGUUUCAUUACCUGAUCCAUGGGGCUUUGUUGGUUUUGGCAUCACACAGGGGAAGCUCUUGCCCCUCCAUUCUCUAGAUUUGAAGAUGUCCAUUGGAGCCUGCAGUGCCUGGACAGGGUUCAGAGCGGAACCUUUUGAAGAGUGUCAAUAGUUGUAACAGUUCAGCUGUUAGGAAGACAAAUAAAUGGAGGAGCUCAUUAAUCCGCUUUUGGCUCUCAGUGCCUUUUGCCCUUUUAUCACAGCCUUAUUAGGCUCCUACUCAUCUUGAACCAGAAAAAAAUGAAUUGAAGUUGUUGAGUACUAAUUGGCAAAGACUUUUAAUCAUGGGCCAAGAACUUUCACUGACUUGAAAGUAACUUCUCCACAGGGAAGGACCAAAAACCUGGUUUACCUUAAAACAAAAACCUGUUGGAGUUCAGUGUGGUGUAAAAAUGUAAGGAAGCGUUGAUAAAUUGUCUAAGUUUAUCCAUUUGAAAGAAAUUGUGUAAGAUUAUGAUAUUCUCUUUUCUUUUAAAAAAGAAAGUACAAUAAAAUUCAAACAUUUCUUAGGAAA